AUGCAAGCUGUCAAAUGGUAUAAAACAAAAGAAUUAAUCCCCAGAUCAAAUGCAGGAUCAAGACUGGCAGUAGAUGUUGUGAGUUGUGAGCUGGUUGUAAAAAAUAUUCUUCCACACAAAAGCCAGAAAGUCAGAGAAUUUCAGGGUCAAACUGUCAAAGACAUACCUAAGCAAACAGAAGACUCUCCAAAGAUUAAAAUUCAUAUCAAUCUUUGCCCUAUUCUGGCUGCUGCCAAGACCAGAGAGGCAGAAGAUAGCGAUUGUUGUGAACCAGAUGGCACUGUGGAGGUCGGUGCACACUGUGAUGGUAGAGAUAUGAUUCAAAAGCAGCAAGUGGCAACAACCAAAGAGCAACAGGCAGCAGCCCAGCAAGAGAUACUCAACCAAGGUCUCAAAUCAGAUGUCUCAAAGGCAACCUGGUUGGUUAAACGUACGUCAUUACCAGCCAUCAGUAAACCAUACCAGAAGUGCUCAUCAUACUCAGUCCACAUGAGACAGACAGCAUCACCUUGUCCUUUGCCUCUAAUUAACAUUUCAAAUCAAAGUGUUCUGCCCAGCCCUUCCAGCGUGAUCAAAACCCAUGGAAUUAUAAGACCAUUUCCAAAGUUGCUCCAGCAGCACAACAGAUCUCAGACAAACUGUGAAAUGACCUUCAAAAGGUUGUCUCAGCUUCAGCUCCCUGAUGCACAAAUCCCCAGUGCUGAUGUCCUGCUGGAGAAAGUGAAAGAGAGCGCGAGGAAGUGGGAGAAGGAGAAGGUGGUACUUGCACGUGUCGAUCAUCUCUCUCUGGCAGGGGCUUUGCAGUCCCUCAGGGAAGGAUUGUUAGAGCUGCAGGACCCCGCCAACCCUUUUGUCAGGAAAAUGGUCAGAUGCCCCAGGACUGAGCCAAGCAGAUUCCAGGAGAUGAAUGUUUCUAUGAAAGAAAGUGCCCUGAAAAACAACCACAGACUUGCAGUUGAGGGGAAGCAGCCUGUAACCCUCAGCUGGUGCAAAAGGCAUCAAACUACUCUUUCUUCAGUGUCCUCUGAUCAAAAAAUGUAA